AAUCCCCGCAGCUGGCCCAGUCACCUCAGCAACCAGGACUACAACAGAGGGAAUAGCCAGGCGAGGUCCUUGUCUGGACAGCUAGGGCCCCGCCAUGUCCCGGACGUCCGCCAUGUCCCGGGCGUCAUCCACGUUCUUAGCCUCCCGCUCCCAAAUUCCCUACCUGAAUCUUCCACCUCCCCCGGACCCCCGAAGUAGCUUUUUUCCCCAGGCCAGCGUGCCUCUGGCCGCCAGCAUGCCUCUGGCCGCCAGCGUGCGCUCGGAGGACAGCGAAGCCUAUCUGGACAGCUCAGAGGGGGAGCUGAGCCGCCUGCAGAGACAAUGCCGGGUGAUGGAGGCGGAGCGGCAGGCUUACAGCAGGGAGACCCAGCAGCGGAUCCACAAGCAAAUGGUGGAGAUCUGCAGGCUGCAGCAGGAACAGGCCGAGCUUCAAGUGAAAAUGAACAUCACGCAGAACCAAGCCCACAGGAUCAUGGAACAGGCCCGGGAGAAGGGUCUUCGCAGCCUCCUGGACCGCCGGCAGCAGCUGUACAAGGAGGUGGUCAAGGAGCAGCAGCAUCUGAAGAAGCUGGACCAACAGAUUGUCAAGUGGGAGGCCCGAGUGUUGAUGCAGCUGAAGGAGCUCAGGGGCCCAGGUCUCAUCCUGAAGAGGAAGGCCCAGAACCUGCACAGGGUGAUGGUCCUGGAGAACCAGCUGAACCGGGCCAUCACGCGCUUUGACACCCAGCUGGUGAGGAACAGAGUCCUCCGGGAAGAGCUGGGUCUGCUGCACAUCCAGAGAAAUCGCUUUCUGAACAUCAACCACCAGCUGAAGAAGGAGCUGAGUGACAUCCGGUCCGACAUUCAAUCCCACAUAGACAACUCCAAUUCGGCCUUCGAUGCCAGGGAGGAAGCCAAGCUGAAGCUGAGCCAGCUGCAGGAGAAGCUGCACAAGGACGUGAGCCAGUACAACGCCGAGCUGCAGGUGAUCCAGAGGCAGAUCUGCCACCUCGAGCAGCUGCACAAGUUCCUGGUGACCAAGAACCAGGAGAGAUUCGUGGACGCCGAGGUGCUGGAGGCCCGGCGCAAGCGCGAGCGGGAGGUGGCCGAGGGCCUCCGCAAGACCUCGCACGAGAAGGCCAUCAUCCAGUACGAGGAGGUGCUGGAGAAGCUGGCCGAGAUAACGGGCCAGGCCACGGCAGAGGAAAUCUUCCACACGUACUUGGAAAAUGAAGAAAAAAACUUUGCCGAGUUCACCUUUAUCAACGAGCAGAAUUCGGAGAUGGAGAAACUCAAAGAGGAUAUCCAGGAGAUCCAGGAUGCCGUAACUCAGUUGACCUUGGCCCAAGAAGAGGCUGACAAGGGGGUCCAGUACCAGCAGCUGCAAGAGCUGGAGCAGCGGAAGGAGGAUUUGGCUAAGGAGGCUGAGAUGGUGGAGACGAAGCACAACAACCUGAAAAAGAUCCUAGAGCAGCUCAAGGAGGCAAUCCAGUCUCUGUUCUACAAGGCCAAGUGUGACGACUCUAAGCUCAAACAGCUGCUGGGAGGCAGCCACAUCGGGAACAAGAUCAUGGAGCUGCUCCUCAGCCUCAUUGAGCAGCGAGUCAUUGACCUGCUGGCCGCCCAGGCCUUCGAAAGCUUCUCCAUGGAAUCCCCCACCUACAACCCCCAGGCCACUGCUCUCCGGCUUCUGGGCCAGACUCCCGAGGUGGCCGUAAAGAAGACCUCUCUCCCACAGCCCCCUACCAUGGAGGAUCCUGUGGGAAUGGAGCUGACAGGCGAUCGGCCCCUGAAUCCCGAGGAGUUGAAAAACCUGGUACUCAAGAUGGUACAGGAUCGGGAGCUGGGCAAGGACAUGCCUAUGAGCAUGUCGUUCAGCAGGAAGGCAGAGAAGUCCAUUGUGUAAGAAGCCCAGGUUUCAGCCCCACACCCAGCGUCUGACUUCCCUCACACCCCCUCCCCUCGCGGGUCUCUGCGCGUGGCGGGGGCUCUGGUCUCCUGCUGGGUGGGCCUGUCCCUCCAAAGUGUGUCUCCUCCCAUUCCUUCCAAAGCUCCCGGCGCAGCUAAGCUUGGGGGGAGCCGGGGCGGGGCGGGUCCAGUGAUGCUGUGACCUCAGGGAAUAAAAGUUUCUUGCCCCCGGGGGGCCGCAAGGC